CAUUACCCUUGAGAGCACUUCGAUCUUUUUAAAAAUUUUCUCGAAUGGCCAUUCUCUCUCCGCCUCCGGCAACCACUACCACCAGCACAACGUACGCACGACCACAAUCAUUUCCAAAAUUCAAUCCAUUGAAUUUACAGUCUCACCCUUCUCUUCUUUUCCCGAUUAAUCCCAGCCGCCCGUUCCUGCCACCUCGUCCGAAUCCAAAUGCACGGCUUCGCAGUCUCUACUCGGCCCUAUCUCCCCAACCGCCCACGCAGCCUGACCCGCCUCCCGAAAAGGACCCCGUUCGACCCAAAGGCAUUGCUGCAACUUUCUCUAGAUUUCAGGACCGCGUUCAGAUCUUCCUAGCUGUUCUUUUCUGGAUGUCUCUGUUCUUCUGGGCUUCUGCAUCGGGUGGAAGAAAUGGUGAUAGUGGUAGACCAAACAAGGGAUCUCGAUUUAGAAGAUGACAUAGUAAGCAUUUAAGUUGUAUAUAUAAAACUGUCUUUGAGGGAUUUAGUAUUAGAUUAUACAUGGCAGAUACAGCUUUGUCUAUAUGGGUGGUUAUAAUAGCGUUGUUCACAUUCAUUUUGUUACUUUACUUAAAUAGGGAACAUUGAUGUUGCAAAUUGUUAGUUCACUUGAAUAGGGAACAUUGGUAUUGCAAUUUGAAAAUGAAAAUUUGACAUUCAG